AUGGCUGCGCAAUUUUUGCUAUUACUAUCGAGACAAGGAAAGGUAAGAUUAUCCAAAUGGUAUCAAACCAUUUCUCAAAAAGAGAAAUCCAAAAUCACCAGAGAAUUGACAACCCUAAUCUUAUCAAGACGAGCUAAAAUGUGUAAUGUGUUGGAAUACAAGGAUAUCAAGAUUGUCUACCGUCGUUAUGCUUCGUUGUUCUUUAUAGUGGGCAUUGAAUCUGGUGACAAUGAAUUAAUAUCGUUAGAAAUUAUACAUAGAUUUGUUGAACAAAUGGAUAAAGUAUACGGUAAUGUUUGUGAAUUAGAUAUUAUUUUUGGAUUUGACAAAGCUUACCAUAUUCUUGAUGAACUUCUCCUAGAUGGUUACAUACAAGAAUCUUCUAGGAGAGAAGUAUUGAAAAGAGUUGCUCAACAAGACGAAUUGGAGAACAUGGACGAGUUUGACAAAAUAUUAGCAUGA